GCACUGUGCACCGACAUCACACUAUACAUUUACAACGUCCACGGCAUUACCGUCUGCGAGUGUCUGUCCUUCAAUAUAGGAUUUUUUUCAUUUAGACGUAGGCCUAUACUUUGUUUUUUUGUCUGGAUUUAUAUAAAGAUCUAGAUCUAGAAUGUAAAAGAGCUAGAUAAACAGGACAAUAUCUGCGGUGUGAGAAUCCCAGCAGUUUAAAUCUUCCCAUUCAUCACACUAACGUGAAGGUCACUGGCUGGAAGUAGAAACGAGAGGACCAGCCUGCCAGUAUACACACAGCAUAAUUGUAGGUCACAUCUGGACUACGACAACACAGUAAGUUUCAGAUUGAUUUAAUCCAAGUAAAAACAAAAUGUCCUCCAAGCAUCUUCAGCUGUCUCCGUUUCAAAAAGAAAAACUUGAAUACUACUUCCGGUUUUUAGCCCCUGAUGAAAACGAGAAUCUCGAUAAGAACAGUAUCAACAGACUGAUGGAUAAAAUUCUCGACUUCACCGGCUGGGACGAGGAGAGUCCAGUCGCUAGAGAGUUCCAGGAAGUCCAUGAGGCUUUCUUCGAGCAGCUGUUUGAGAAGGCUCAGGAGGAUGAUGGGACAGCUGGUAAGGUGACACUCGAUAAUUGGUUGUCCAUGUGGUCCGGACUUCUGCCAGGAGUUAUGUCUAUGCAUAAUUUGCCAGUGUGGCUGAGACUAAUGCCACAGCUGUUGUUUAAAAUUGUGGACAGGAGAAGGCAAAAAUUUCUCACAGCCAAUGACCUAGAGAUAUUUUACAAAGAGAUGGUUCACCUUGACCCAGACCAAGCUCACGAGGUGGCGCUAAAAGCGUACGAUCACAUGACCGACGGAGGCAAAUAUACUCUUAAUGAAGACAGCUAUGAGCAACUAUUUGCAAAUUUUCUGAUUGGUCGAACGCCCUACGGCCCUGGCCGUUACAUUUUUGGAUGCUUUGAACAUGUGGUAAGGCCGUUCCAGUUGAUUGCACCAGCCCCAGAGGAAGACUCAGAUUUAGUGAUGGAAGUCAGGAAACCUAUUUCUGGGAGGAGGCCAUCCAGACCACUUUAGUCACUUUUAUCUUUAACCGGUUGUUAUCCCCCUUUGUAUGACUAAUUUUUUUAACCUCAAGAUGAUGCACACAUGUUUGUUGUGUGAAUUUUCAUCGUCAAAACAUUUUGACUUUGUGUAAUCAAAUUUGAUUUCAUUAAACAGAUUGAGUCUUUGAUUGAUUUUUAUCGAUUAACUCAGUCGUAGGAUAUUAAAUGUAACUACAAGUAUUAUUA